UACUUUUAUUGUGAAGCCGGAGUGUUUAUUUUCCGGUGAUGAGAGCAUUUGAGCUGCUAACUUGUUUAGCGCAUCCAGCCUUCCGUGAGAACGGAAUAAUCUGAAGCUAGAAGAACAUGGACUAAACAUGGCCCACAAUACAGGCCAGUUUUUACACGCUCUGGAAAGAUCCGAGGCUCGUCCGGACGGCGGCUACAAGCACAAGUGGAGCUUCCCGGUGUGUGCUGCCCAAGAAGAUGAGGACGAAGACUACUCCAGCGGGAUGACCACCCAGAAGACGGACAAGCAAGCGUCUACGUCCUCAGAUGGAAACAAGGCUCCCUCUUUGAGGCACUUUACCACCGCUGACCCACUGAGGACAUACGAAAAGCGCUCAAGCAAUCUCGUCAGGCACACAAGGCUCAGCUUAGCUCCGCCCUCAGCCACUGCCAGCAACUACUUGACCAUAAGCCCCGCCCCUACGCAAGGACUUGUCCUGCAGGGGCGCCUUUUUCAGCACGCGCAGAUGACCUCCGCCUUCAGGAAGCCUGUCCAAAGGAACGACUCGAGCAGCGGUGGUGAUGCGCAGCAGGGGGCGGAAGUGGACAACAUCAUGCUCACGUGCUGCGGCGUGCCAGACGAUGACGGCUCGAACAUCAAACGUCUUGUCCAUCACAAGAGGAAGGCGGCGGAGACCGCAGCCGUCUACCAGACGGUGUGCGCCAAGUGCAGUAAACCGUGCGAGGAUGGCAUCGAGUGUCACCACUGCGGCAACAGGCCGGCGUGUCUCUCGCCCCCAUCGCCCCGAGCCCCCCUCCGAUCUCAGCCCUGCAGCCUGCAGAGCUUCUACAAGGCCUCCCCCGCCGCCGGCGGCAACGGCAGGCCCCCCCGUGCGGACGAUCUGCCCGCCGGGCUGGCCGGCAUCAACGGGCGAUCUCCUCCGCUGGCCAGCGCCUCUUGCUGCUACGGCGCCCGUAAGUCGCCGCGAGGGAGGCGGAAGACGGCGGCCCAGCAGCACCACCUCGACCACCCGAUCGUCUUGUCCAGCGACGACGAUGCCGCCGCCGCCGACGACGACGACGACGGCGCGGGAAGCGUGAGCCGACUGGACAGCGUGUCGCCGCAGCCCGCGGACUCUGCGCACUCGUCGCCGGCGCCCUGCGGCGGUCGAGUAGAGGCGGCGGUGAAAAGCAGUGGCGAGCGGGAGGAGCUGGGCACAGACUUCUUCGAUGACGUCAACAUGAAGAUGUUCAUACCUCGCCGAACCAGGAUGAAGGACCAGUUCGGAAAACAGCUGAGGUCUCCCAGAAGCAAGCGUUCCAAAGCGGAGUCGGGCAAGUGCGGCAGCAUCAUCCUGCAGUGUCGGAGCGUCCGCGUGGGAACGCUGCGCAGGAUGGUGACCAAACCCGUGGUGUUUUCUGUGGAGCACAUCCAGCUGGAAACUGAAGGGCCGGAGCUAAACAUGGUGGAGAAGGUGUCCCUGCGGGCCUCGGAGCUCAUUAGCUGCGAGUGGUGCAGCGUCCGCAAGCUGCCCGUCUUGUUCUUCCAGACCACCCCCGACGAGUGCGUCCGUCUACGCUCGCAGCUCGACAUGACUCAGGAGGACUGUGGACAGUGGUACGACUGCACGGGACAAGAGUCUGACGAGAAGUACAUCGUGCUGAUCUUCAUGGACGGCCUGGACAUGAAGGAGCAGAUGAUCCUGGAGGACAUCUUGAGCGAGAUCGGCCAGAACAACAACAUUAGCAACUUUCCCGCCAAGUUGCCCUUUGACGAGGCCAACACGCGUCUGGUGAACUUCAACAAGGCCACCAAGCAGAAGCAGGACAAGUUGAAGGGUGUCCCCGUUGCGUCUCGGUGCUCGCCGCUCAGCAGGACCUUCAACGCCCCGACCGUCUUCGAGCACGACCGGCGGGACGCGGCCGACCUGCAGCCCGCCUUCGUCGGCCCGGUGGUCAAGCUGAUGGUCUAUCCGCCUCCUCCGGCCAAAGGGGGCAUCUUAGUCACAAACGAGGACCUCCACUGCCUUAACGACGGAGAAUUCCUGAAUGAUGUUAUCAUAGAUUUUUAUUUAAAAUAUUUAGUACUGGAGAAACUAAAGAAAGAGGACUCCCAAAGAAUCCACGUGUUCAGCUCCUUCUUCUACAGACGUCUCACCCAAAGGGAGAAGGGGAGCGCUCCCGAUAGAAGCAACAACCUUCCGAUCCACAAACGCAAGCACAACAGGGUGAAGACGUGGACGCGGCACGUGGAUCUGUUUGACAAGGACUUCAUCUUCGUUCCCAUCAACGAGUCGGCUCACUGGUACCUGGCGGUCAUCUGCUUGCCGGGCGGCGACCCGCCGUCGGACGAGCUCCCGGAUCACUGCCGCCCGCUGUCCCCGGACAUGGACGUGCUGGACGCACCCCCGCGGGAUCCCGCGCCCCCGGGGGAUACGCCGCCACGGGACCCCGCCUCUGAGCAGCGCACGCCGGCACGCGACUCCGCCGCCAAGGGGCGGCCUGAGCUACACUACCCCAACGAGUUGCAAAGAAUCAGCAUGUGCUAUGCAGAUGACGACAACACUUUGACGUCUGACGAGCAAAGCUCCAAUCAGGUACUCAUUUUUGUCGUCUCCUCUGCACUACACUUGACCCGCGGGGCGGGGGGCGCGCGCGCUACACCUCGCAAACAUUGUGACCGCGCAGGACGAGUGCAGCGACGACAGCGCGCCGGCAGAGGACUCCCUGGACUCGGCCUCCGACGCGUCCUCACGGGCCUGGAAAGCCGACCGCCGCAAACAGUCCUGUAUCCUCAUCAUGGACUCUCUGCGCGGUCCCGCCAGGUCCACGGUGGUCAAAACUCUGAGAGAGUACCUGGAGGUGGAGUGGGAGGUGCGCAAAGGCAGCCAGCGCACGUUUGGGAAAAACCUGAUGAAAGGCUCCAGUCCUCGUGUGCCUCAGCAGGACAACUUCAGCGACUGCGGCAUUUACGUCCUGCAGUACGUGGAGAGCUUCUUCGAGAAUCCCAUCACAAACUUUCAGCUGCCCCUCAACCUGUCCGAGUGGUUCCCUCAGCAGAGGAUGAAGAGCAAACGGCAGGAAAUCAGGAGCUUGAUCCUGCACAUCCAAGCGAGACAGGACGCCCAUAAGAACCGUCCCGAGCGGCCAGAGGCGGAGUGGCCCGAGGCCUCGUCCGCUUCCUCGGAAGAGCCGGCCGUCGAAGAGACUUAGACGGCGGCGAACUUGGAUUGUACGCUGCUGCCGUGUUUCUCUUCUCUGCUUCCCGAUCCACCUCCACCAACACCUUUGACUUCGUAUGAAUAAAAGUCACGUGUAUGUUC